AUGGUAUCCAUAAAGCAUUUUUUAGUAUCAUCACUGGCGGCCGUUCCAUUCGCAUUGGCGCAUGUGCCCGACGUGCCCCCAGACGCGAACCUUGACUGGUCUACGCGACAUAUGAUAGAGGAGCACCAUAUCUCGAAUUUCGAUGCCGGAUCAUUCUUCGCCCUUCACGACUACGAUAACUCCGGCGCCUGGACUCAAGACGAAGUGCGUCGGACCUACGGUCUUGAUGAUGAAUCCAAUUCCCAUUUGCCAGAAGACCGAAAAAGGCAAAUUCUACUCGAAGUUUUUGCGAUAUUCGACCCACACAAGACUGGCUUAAUCACACAAGACGAAUGGAUGAGACUAUCCAAAGAGGGCCGCAAGCUUCCAGAUUUCGGCGUAGGUCCAGGCCACCAUGGAGAUAUGGAAUAUGAAUAUGAAAUUCACCAUUUUGAGAAAUUCCAUGGCGACAAUGCGCGGCCCGAGGAUCUAACACACCCAGAAGACAUCGAACAUUUCAAGAAGCAUGAUCACGAAGAAGAUGCCCAAAAGAAGCUUGAUCAACUGCAAAUGAAACCAAUAGUGGAGGAAAACAUUCCUUCAAAGUUUCGAAGGUCUGAAACCUCCUGA